AUGCUGGGUAUACCAUUUCUGGAUAGUGCAUUUCUAAAGAUAUUUUCACCAACAACAUAUGAUGAUCGUAUCGACCGACUUAAUUAUUUUGUCACAAGCUCUUUAUUAACUUUCUUUGCUAUCCUCGUCUCAGCGAAACAAUAUGUGGGUUCGCCGAUACAAUGUUGGGUGCCUAUGGAAUUUAAAAGUGGAUGGGAGCAAUAUACAGAGGAUUACUGCUUCAUACAGAAUACCUACUGGGUGCACUUCGAUGACCCAGUACCGGAAGACGUGAACGACCGUCACGGAGCUGAAAUCGGUUACUAUCAGUGGGUACCAAUUAUGUUGGUAUUACAGGCCUUGAUGUUUUUCAUUCCAGAAUGGAUAUGGAAAACUCUUAACAAACAAAGUGGCCUCGACUUGGAUACGAUAGUAAAAGAAGCGAAAAACCUAAGGACAUCAAAAUGUAAUGAACGGACGAAAGAAUUAGAAAAACUGGCACUGUUUGUUGAAGAAUGUUUGGAAUUUGACACACCUCAUCACCAAAACCGUUACUUCUGUUUUAAUUACGGCUACUCAUUGGGUUCCUAUGUAACCUUGCUGUACCUAUUUAUGAAGUCACUCUUUGUUAUCAACAUAUUCAGCCAGUUUAUGAUCCUCAAUAACUUCCUUGGUACCAGUCAUAGUCUUUGGGGAUUCCAGAUAUUGUUGGAUUUAUGGCAAGGCCGAGAAUGGUUGGAUUCCGGCGUGUUUCCACGUGUAACAAUGUGCGAUUUCAAAGUGCGACGCUUAGCAAAUAUUCAUCGGUUUUGGUUUCUGUUUGUUGCUGCAUCCACACUACUUAAUUUCAUCUACUUCGUUUACAAUACCAUAUUGGCCUCAAAUCGGGAACGUACAGCGCGAUUACUCCUUUUACAUAUGAAGUUAGAUGAAACGCCUACGGACCAAGCAAUAUUGCGUCGUUUUGUGCAUAAAGCACUGCGGCCAGACGGUGUGCUACUUUUGCGAUUUAUUGAUAUGUAUGCUGGCGGUAUGAUGGCACGUGAUCUUUGUGGACAACUCUUCGCCGAUUUUUACCGGGAACAGUAUCAUCGUGCAACUGGCAGUCAUACAACAAAGAGCUCAUCGCCAAGUCCUGAUGAUGGCUUUACCGAAACACAGUAUGACCCGGAAAAGGCAAAGCUUCGUAAGGAACAUACUCAUGAUCGUGGUUGGGCAUUAUGGCACUUAGUUAAAAAUACUUCAAUCGCUUCUUCGGAACGAUUCACAAAUGGUGCUGAGUAUAUUGAAUUUAUAUUGUUUUUUCGAGAAAAUGAUAUUUCUGUGAUUCAUACCGAACUGGCAAUUCUAGACUUUUAUCUUGUUGAACUGACUUAUGCUUAUUCGGCUGACAGAAUCUAUAGAGUCUGUUAA